CGGGCAGCCACGCGCGAGAGGCAGAGGGUUUUGUAAGCCGGAAGAGCGGGAGGUGACGGCCGGCCUCGGCGAUCUUCUUAGGUUUUCUUGUAGGUUCCGCUAGGGUUUCUCGCUUCUCUUCUCUUCGACAAGUGCGAUGGAGACGUCGCUGAGAUUGGGUGGCGAUUCGAAGGCCCUAAGAAUCCACGCCAAGGAGAAGUUUCCCAUCAAUUCCCAAGUCCACUUGCAGGUAACCAUAGUCUUGUUUUACAUAUUACCAUGGGCUAUACCCAAAUCAGAUGAAUGCUUUUCCCAGCUAAGCUUUCUCUCCUUGUUACAAUGUGGUUAUUUUUGUUUGAGAAAUGAUUUUUCACCAAUACAAGCAUGUGCCCUUUUAGUGAAGUCAAACAAAAUAUAUUAUGGCAGGCUCAUGGAGAAAUUGAUACCCGGGCUGCGGAUCCUAGCUAUCUUGCCCUGAUCAUCCGAAACUUCUACCCUGAGUUAUCAGCUAGCAUGGGUUUGGGGGUUCAGUUGAAUAAACGUGAAAAGCUCAGUUACACCAUUCGAGGAAAAAAGGCAUUUCCAGUUUCAUAUGAUGGUCUUAUAGGCAUCAAUCUCAAAGGGACGUAUGAUGUUGACAAGGAUCUUAGAAAGGUGAAGCAAAGAGGAGCAGUUGAACUUGCUUGGAACAUACUCAAUUUUCAGAAGGACCAAGAUGUGAGAAUUAAAUUAGGAUAUGAAGUAUUUGGCAAGAUGCCAUAUGUCCAGAUCAGGGAAAAUGCUUGGACACUGAAUGCUGAUCUGAGUGGUAAAUGGAGUGUAAGAUUUGAUAUGUAGUUCUUCCAUAUUCGAAAGUUUGACAAGAGAGGAAAGGUAAUUAUUCAUCGUACGUAGGCCGUCCUGUUGUGAUCUUUUAUUAAAUAUAACCUGCACUAUGUUAUUUAGUCAGUUGAAUGUGAGAUCAAUAGCUAUGUAUAAGCACCUCCGGUCUCUGAGCUCUUAUUAUUUUUAAAUUGUUUUUUUCCCCAUUAUUCUUCAUAUCCUUUAAUCCAUCCAAUAUUUAUAGCUUUCAGAUUGCAAAAUUAGUAAUAACAUUGUUUUAUAUAUUACAAAACUAAUUCCUAGGUGUUU